AUGGUCGCCGGUGGACGAGACAUAUGCUUUCUGCGAAAUGAAAUUCGUCAACAAGAAUACGUAAUAAAAUGCAAAGACAAGAAGCUAGCUGAACUGGACAAGGAGAUUAACAAGGAGAAGAAGAGUAUUGAAAUUUUAUUGCUUCGAGCAGAAGAAGCAGAAGUUGAAAACAGCAAACUAAAGCGAGAGGUUUACAGAACAGAAAAGGAGAAUGAAGAUCUCCGCCAAGACAUUAUUGACUACCAGAUGCAGAUAGAUGCCCAGAGAGACAAUUUGCUUUACAAAACAGAGGAUGAUUUUGAUAUUCGUGCAGAGCUGUCAAAAAAGAACAAUGAGAUAUAUGAGUACCUUGAUGAUAUUCAGAAUCUGACAGAAGCAAAUGAAAAGCUGGAUGCUCAAAACCAUGAAAUGCAGAAGAACCUUCAAGAAUCUGCACAGGAAAUGGAAAGAAUAACUGACAAAUAUAAUAAAAUAAAAGUAAUUGUUCAAAAGAAUGAUGUGGUCAUGGAUCAGUUGCGAAAAGAAAAUGAACAUCUAAAACUCCAGUUGUAUGAAAUGACUGAGCAACUGCAUUCGAAGUUGGACGAGGAUGAUACUGUAAUGGAGGUUGUCAAGUCAAAAGUAGAAGAGUGGAAGAAAGUUUUUUCUGCAAAGGAUGAAGAAAUUCUGAAAUAUCAGGAAAUGUUAACUGAAAUUACGGAAAAACUUAAAGCAGCACAGCUUGAUUGUGAUAAAUCUAGCAUCAUGGCCCUUCAGCAGGAAUUGCAAAAACGAGACGGCCAGAUAAAGAUGUUGAGCAAUAAAUUAGAGCAGUGCACACACGACAUGGAGAAGAAUACGUUAAUUAUUGAAGAGCUCCAAAAACAACUUCAGACAGAUGCAGGCGAUUCUUUGAUAGCCUGUCAGAACCAAAUUGGGCAAUUACAAGCAAAGUUGCAGGCUGAAGAACAAAAGCUACAGGAGAUGGUGCAAAUAGCCAGUCAAGCAGAGUCUGAUGCCAAAGAAAAGGAUAAAGAGCUCAGUGAAACACUUGCCAAAAUGCGCGCCUAUGAAGCUGGUGAAUAUGGGUUGGAAAGUGCUGUUGCAGAAAUUAACAAGUAUAAGAAUCAAGUGAAACUAAGAGAUAAAGAAAUUGAGUCUCUUAUAAAAGAGAUUAACAAUCUUGAUGGAAAGAUCAGCGACUUGUUGUAUGAAAAUGAAGAUUUUAGAGAGCGUUUAGGCCUAGAUAUCAAACAAGUUGAUUUAACUGCAUUUCGAAGAAGCAAGGUUGUGAGGCAACAGCAAUACCGAGCAGAAAACCAAGUUCUACUGAAAGAGAUUGAAAGGUUAGAAGAUGAAAGGCUUGAACUGAAGAAAUACAUUAGACUGCUUGCAAAAGAGAAAGGGAAGCGACCUUCUGAAAAGGAUCUAAAAUUUGAUGAUCUGCUGCCUGCUGAGAAGUUUAUGAACAGUCUGAAGGGUCACUCUAAGAAAAUGUUCCUACUUUCAAAUUCUGCAGAUCUUGAGGAGAUGGUCCAGAAGCAGACCAGUGGUCCUUAUGUCCGACAUCAUGAAGACCUUCGAGAGGAUCGUCUUGAACUAUAUGAGUCCUCUUGUGAAAGUGAAAAAAUGGAAGAAAAUAGCCAGCUGGAACAAGGAAUGCGAGAAAUAAUGCAAGCAAUAAAAGAUGCACAAAAAGGCUCUGGCAAAGAAGUGGAGAUUCAUAUUCCUGUAUUAGAAAGGCUGUUAAAUGCAAUGAAUAUUAAGAAUUCAGAACGAACAAUUCAUGCCAAUAUGUCUCUGAAAGCUCAAGUCGACCAGCUUACAGGGCGUAAUGAAGAACUACGGAGGGAAAUAAGAGACUCUCGGAAGGAGACGGUACAUGCCAUUAACCAGAUGGAGAAGGCAUUAGAAAAAGCUGCACUCUUGGAAAAUGAAGUGAAAUUGAUGCAACAGACGAGAAAAAACAGCAUUGUCUUUCAAACUCACCACCUCCCUGAAGAAAUGUCACCUUCUAGUGCUGAAAUAAUCAACACAUUAAAUGAGCACGCAAUAAGACUUCUACAGGAACUGCACAAUAAAGAGGAAACGGCAACAAAAUUGGGAGAAGCUUUAGAAGAAUACAAAAGGAAAUUUGCAGUUAUUCGUCAUCAACAAGGACUACUUUACAAAGAAUAUCAAAGUGAAAAGGAAUUAUGGGAAAAGGAACUCAAACAAAGUUGUGAACUUCAAGAUAAACUUCAGGAACAAAAGGCACAUGAUGCUAUUAAAAUAGCCGAGUUUAACCAUUGGGUGAACAUACUGCAAAUGGACUCUGAAGAAAUAAGGAGGCAGGUGGCAGAAGCUGCCAGGAAAAUGAUUGUUCUAAAGGUCAAUGAAAAAACCCUCACACGAAGAUACACAAUUGAACUGGAAAUGGAGCAACAUCUCAGAAAGGAGAACAGCAAAUUGAAAAACGAAAUAACUGCAAUGGAAUCGGCAGUGACAAAAAAAAUUGGUUACUUGCAGAGAUAUAAGGACAUGGCAGCAUUUAAAAUUGCAUCUUUACAGAAAGCCUUGGAUGGUAGUGUCCCAGCUGUGGAACUUGAGCGAGUCAAUAAUCAAUACAGCGAUUUAACAAUCAGAUACAGAGAUCUUCUACAGAAAGAUAAUUUGCUUGUCCAGAAGGCCGUCAGCUUGGAACAUUCAGAGAGUGAAAAUGCCGUUCUCAGGAAACAUAUUGAUCGUUUGAAUAAAGAACUGGAAAUUACAAAGGAAAAACUGCAUACACUAGAACAAGCUUGGGAAGAAAUUAAUUCACUGGGUGUUGACUCAAUGAAUAAAGCAGCUAAUGCAAUCACAAGGGGUGAUUUGUCUGUGUCCAAAAAAAUGACCAUGUUGGAAAUGAAAGAACUCAAUGAAAGACAGAGAGCAGAUCAUGCUCAUGAAAUGUAUGACUGCCUAAGAAAUACUCUAAAAAAGGUGGAAGAGAGGAAUUGUGAACUGGAGAACAAAUUUGUUAAUCUCACUAAACAAUACCUAGAAGCCCAAAAAGUAGAACAAGAGCUUCGGGAUGCCCUUGCACAGAGUGUAAGUAAGGCUGUCAGUGAUGCAGACAGGACAAGAAUACUAGAGUUGGAAAAAACUGAAGCAGAGCUCAAAAAUGAAGUUUCAAAGUUAAGAGAAGUGUCAGAUGUUGCCAUGAUGCAAAUAAUUACCCUGGAAGCUCGUCAGCAAUCUAGAGAUAAAGAAAUCGAAUCUCUGCGUAAACAGCACUUGGAUUAUCAGGCUGAAUCAGAUGAAAGUGCUUUGAUCGCUAAGCUUCAUCAGCAUAUUGUAGCAUUAAAAGUGAGCGAAGCUGCUGCUGUCAGCAAGCUAGAAGUAACAGUGACUAAGCUUCAGAAGCUGGAGGCCUACAACCUGAGACUAGAGCAGAAGAUUGAUGACAAGGAGCAAGCUUUGUAUUAUGCUAGACAGGAAGGACGUAAUCGAGCUAAGCACUUACAGCAAACUGUGCAAUCACUUCGGAGACAGUUUAGUGGUGCUUUACCCUUGCCACAGCAAGAAAAGUUCUCAAAGACUAUGAUACAGUUGCAAAAUGACAAAGUGAAGAUCCAUAUGGAGAAGCAAAGAGCUGAAGAGGAGAGAAGAAAAGCUGAAGAGAAAAUGCUUGAGCUGGAAUUGAAAUUCAAGGGGUUAGAGGAGUUGAUCAGCACCCUGAAGGAUGCCAGAGGAGCACAAAAGGUCAGUGAAUGGCAUAAAAGAAUGGAAGAGCUACGUCUUCAGGAUCUGAAACAAAGCCGAGAAUUGGGAACUCAUAAAGAAGAAAUCAAAUAUUUAAAGAAAGUAAUUUCUGACCAGGAGCGGACAAUCUGUCAUCUGGAAGAAGAAAUUGUACAACAGAAUAAUUUUCAUGAGGAAUGUCAGCUGUCCUGGGAACAGAGAGAAGUUGAAUUGGAACGACAGCUGGAUAAAUACGAACAGCAGCAUAAUGAGGUGCUCAUGACUGCCAAAAAGUUUGAAGAAGCUACAGGAGCAGUCCCAGAUCCCAGCUUGCCUCUUACACAACAACUUGAAAUGGCACUUAGAAAAAUUAAAGAGCAUGUCCGAACCAUUGUGGAAACACAGGCAACGUGCAAGAACCUAGAGGAGAAUCUAAAGAAAAAGGAAUUAGAUCUUUGGAAGGCUGAGCAGAAUAUUUUUUCAAGAGACAAAGUAAUUAAUGAGCUCAGGAUACUUCUCCCUGCCUCAGCUAAACGGGAUAAACUCAUUGAAGAACUAGAAAGAAAGGAUGGAGAACCUGAAUAUCAAGUUGCCUUAAAAGUAGCCCAGCAAACUAUUGCAAACCUGCAAGCUAGAUUAAACCAGAAGGAAGAUGUCAUCAAGAAAUAUCUUCAUAUGUUAACCAGAAGUAGGCAGGAGCAAGAAGAUAUUGCAAAGAAGCAUUCAGAAGAGCUUUCGCUUUUACUUCAGAAACUGAAUUUGCAGUCGGACACUUCUCUCCACAUGCUUAAGCAAUCGGCAAUGGAAUUAAUAAAGACACGAACCAUUUCACUUCCCACAUCCAGAAAUUUGGCUCGAUUUGCAGAAAUGGAGCUAAUUUUAGCGGAGCAGGAGAAUUCACUUUCUGUAUUUGCAGAAAAGCUAAAAAGAACAACAGCAGAACUGGAUAAGCAGAAGCAAAUCACUUUUGAAAAAAUAAAAGAGCAUGAGAAACAGAAAUCCAAGCUUGAAAUAAGUCAUAGGAAUGAAGUAACAAAACUGAAAGAAGCAGCAGCGGAACUUCGUAAUUUACUCUCAAAGGUGGACAAAGAGAUGCGCUAUUUAAAAGAUGAACUGGAGGCACAAAAAGAAAUAAAUGCCAGGACACCCCCUAUUUCAUUUCAGUCUUUGGUGGAAAGGCUUAAAAGUCAGUUAGCUGUUAAAGAAAAACAGCAAAAGGAGCUAAGUAAAGCAUUGCAACAACUGAGAUCGGAAAUGACAGAAAUUGCAGAACAACAAAUAAUUGCAAAUGAAGCUCAAAAAAAAGAAAACCUUAACAUUCAGCAACUGGUUGAUAAGCAGACUAUGAGGAUGAAGUUAUGCAUGGAUAACCUACAAGAACAGCUACAUACUGAGAGAGAGAACCUGCAAAUAAGUAAAAAUGAAGAAAUCACAUUAAAAUCACAGAUGGAGGACAUAAACAUAGAGCUGCAGAAAACUCAGAUGUGUUUAAGAAAAGUGGACGCUGAAAGAACAGAUUUACUCAGACAAAAUCAAGAGUUAAAGGAGAAGAUUAAGAAGCUCAGUUACAACACACAGGUACAGUCCGAUGCCAGAAGAAAACUGCAUGCCUUGGAGCAGCUGCAGAAGAAAGUGAGGACAUUAGAAGCUGAACUGGCAAGCAAAGGCACAUCGGUGCAUGUGGUUAAAAAAGCAGUGAAAGAAGAUCCGGAACCAAAAGAGGAAGUAAUUCGAUGGGAAGAGGGCAAAAAAUGGCAAGCUAAAAUUGAAAUUAUGAGAAACAAGCUGCGAAGCAAAGAGAAGCAGGUGGAAUGUCUAAAAAAGCAGCUUUGUACUACGAAAGAUGAAUGUUCAAGGCUGGAAAAGGAAAAGACAGGUUUGCAGAAGAAAGUUCAUGCACGGGAAGCAGCUGUCUUUCAAGUAACAGACACCUGUCCUACAGAACAUGAAAAGAAGACAGAAGAGCUAAAAGAGAGAAUUUCUGAACUGGAGAAUGAAAUCAUUAAUAUGAAGGAAACAUGCGAUCUCACUAGAGAUUCUGCUCUGGAACAUUUAAAAAUUAAAAGUAGGUUUUUGGAAAACAAGAUGCAGGCCUUAGAAAGGCAACUUGAAAAAGAAAAUCUUCCCUUGGCUACAGAAUCUGGCAAAGCAUAUCAUGAACUACAAAGGGAAAAUCUUAAACUCUGUUCAGAAAAUGUCGAGUUACAUUUUAAACUAGAGCAGGCAAAAAGGGAUUUGCCUAGAAUAAAGGACCAGGCCGAAUCUUUAAAAAUCAUGUGUGUACAUCUUAAAAAGGAGAAAAACAACCUUCAAAGGAAAACUGGAAAUGUUGCAAAAUCUGGACGCUAUGACAAAAGUGUCCCUGAACUUGAGAAAACAAUUGCCUUAAUGAAGAAGGUGGUUGAGAAGUUACAAAAAGAAAAUGAAGAACUGAAGGAAACUCUUUCUAGGAGGAAACUCAUCACAUUAGAAAAUGAGAAUGAAAAACUUAAGUCAGAUUUUGAAAACCUGAAGCUGCACAUGGAAAAACAGCUAAAUGCAAAAAAUGAGCCCAUAACAAAGGAAAUGCAUAAAAUCAUCAAUGAAAAUGAGGAGCUUUGUGAAGAGCUGAAAAGGGCAGAAGAAAGAGCACAAAAACUUACAGUAGAAAAUAAUGUCUUGGAAGUCAAGAAUGAAGAGUUAAAAAAGAAAUUAGGAGAAAUAAAUAAAGGGGCAACCUGUAGUGAUGAAAGAAAGACCUGUCCACCCAAAAAGGGUGGUAAAAGCUGGAAUUCAACUGUGGUAACAAGAAUGUAUGAAACAAAACUGAAGGAUCUAGAGACCAUCAUUAGCAGAAAAAAUAAAAACCUUAAAGAUCUGAGACAACUGCUACAAGACAGCACUGAGAGGGAAGAGAAGUUGGAGCAGCGUAUUGCUGAAAUGAGAAAGCAGGUUCGAAUAUGA